UCAAUCUUAUAAUUACCUUUUAAGUGCUAAAAACAUACGCAUGCGCUUCCUUAAUUAGUGGGCAUAAGCGACAAAAAACCUAUUCUAUAUAACAAUCAUCACCCAAUCCUCACAAACCAAGCUCACGGAACACCCACAACAUCAUCAUCAUCAUCAUCAUCAUCACUACUUCCACAAUGCAAGCAACCAGAAAGAAUGACACAGUGGUUCUCUUCCCGUCUCCUGGAAUGGGCCACCUUGUGUCCAUGGUCGAGCUCGCCAAGCUCUUCACAACCCAAGGCCUCUCCAUCACCAUCCUCAUCGCCCAGGCACACUACAACACCGGCUCCACCACCUCCUCCUUCAUCUCCUCCGUCUCCAUCUCCAACCCAUCCAUCUCUUUCCACCACCUCCCUCCCCCUCCUUCCCUCCCUCCCAACCCUUCCCCUCACCAUGAAGCCCAUGCCUUCGACCUCCUGCGUCUCUCCAACCCUUCUAUUCUCCACUUCCUCGUCUCUUGUUCACCUCCUCCGCGUGCCCUCAUCCUCGACUUCUUCUGCACCUUCUCUCUUGAUGUUGCCAAGCAAGUCUCCAUUCCUUGCUACCUCUUUUUCACUUCCGGCGCUUGCUUCCUCCGUUCUUUUAUCCACUUCCCAACUCUUCACUCUUUAACCACCGAGAGUUUCAAACAACUCGGCAGUGAAUCUGUGAUAAUCCCCGGAGUCCCACCGAUCCCGGCCAACCACAUGCCACUCCCCAUGCUCGACCGAGAUGACGAAGCUUACAAGGGCUUGUUGUACAUCGCCGGCCGUAUCCCAGACUUUGAUGGCAUUCUCGUCAACACCUUUUACGCUCUUGAACCCAGACCACUUGAUAUCAUGGCUUCUAUGAAACUUCCUCCCAUCUACUGUAUCGGACCACUGAUCAAAGGGAACCUGGAGAGGACCAGCACAGCGGAGUGUAUAUCGUGGUUGGACACGCAGCCAAAAAGCAGCGUCGUGUUCCUCUGUUUCGGCAGUCUCGGGCUCUUCUCAGCAGAGCAGUUGAAAGCAGUAGCACAUGGGUUGGAGAUUAGUGGGCAGAGGUUUCUCUGGGUUGUACGAAGCCCGCCGAGUGAGACGCCGGGUAAGUACAUGGUGGCGCCGGCAGAGCCAGACUUGGACGUGUUGUUGCCCCAAGGCUUCGUGGAGAGGACGAAGGAGAAAGGGAUGGUGGUGAAGUCAUGGGCACCACAAGUGGAGGUACUGAAGCAUGACGCGGUGGGUGGGUUCGUGACGCACUGUGGGUGGAACUCAGUGCUGGAGGCAGUGUGUGCCGGAGUGGGGAUGGUGGGGUGGCCUUUGUAUGCAGAGCAAAAGAUGAACUUAGUGUUCAUGGUGGAGGAGAUGAAGUUAGGGGUGGAAAUGAGAGGUUAUGAAGAGGAGCUAGUGACCGGAGAAGAGGUUGGGAGACGUGUAAGGUGGUUGAUGGAGUCGGACCAAGGGAAGGAGCUGAGAGAGCGAACGCUGAAGGCCAAGGAGAGCGCGCAUGCGGCCCUCUUGGAUGGUGGGCCUGUCUCGGACCACAUUGGAAAGUUUGGUUGCUCAAUGGACGCAGUAGCAACAAAAUUGGAUACCUUACGUGGCACUUGCAUUGCAUAAAUAGUAAACACAACACACUGUGGGACGUAUCUAGUAUGGACCACUAAAACACAUGAACUUCCACUCCAACUAUUGAUUUUUCCCAUUUCUCUUGAAAUGUUGUUGUUCUUGUGUUAUAUAACUUAAGCUUUAAAGAUUUUAGCUGAAAAAUUUACUUGUUUGGAAGGAUUUAAGUUGGGACAAUAGCAACUUUGUCAAGAUCUAGUCACCACUGGUCCACUGCUACUCAGUGGAGGCAGGCCAUUGUCAGUGUUUGUAAUUCUAAUUGUUUGAUAGUUGGUAAAGUGCUUGUCAAUUUUUCGA